GCAAGGUGGGGCGGUGCGAGAGCGGGACCGGCUGAGGCGCCGGCGCCGAGGCGGGAGCGGGACUGAGGAGCGGCCGGCGAGGCGGGCCCGGCCUGAGAGGCGGAGCCGCUGAGAGGAGGGGCGACGACGGAGGAACGGAGGCGGAGAAUCGGGGGUGGGGGGAAACCGGGGAAAGGAGGAGCCGGAGAAAGGAGGAGCUGGGGAAAGGACCAGGAGGAGUGGCCCGGAGCAGAGCGGGGACGCAAGGAGAGGAGGCGGAGGAGGGCCCAGUCAGCGCGGGGAGGAGCCAGCAAAGUGGCGGCGGCGGCACCUGAGCUUACCUGAAGGUUCUACUGUAAACUACAGGCCAGAAUUUGUGUCUUCAACAAAGAAGAACAGUCUCAGAGCCUCAUGGAAGAGGAGCAUAUCAGGCCUUCGGGUUUGGACUGGAAUUACACCAUCAGCUUUCCUGGACUUCCAGCUUGCAGACAGCAGAUCGUGAAACUUCUCAGCUUUCAUGAUUGUUCUGGAGGUAGGCAGUCCGGGCUGCAUGGCUACAUGACAACUCUGCUGCGUGAGGUUGUCCGGGGAUCCAGACUCCUAUCCUGUGGCUCAACCAAUCCUAGGGUAUGUCGCUUUUCCACGUGGCUUAAAAUGGCUCUCCACAAUGCCUAAGAACCAAAUAGCAGGAAGAAGGAAGUAGGAGAAGGAGGAGAUGCCGUCUGCCUUUAAGAGUUUGAAGAGGAGGUUCUUCAGGUCUCUUCUAGCCACAUCCCGUUGUCAACAGCUUAAUCACAUGACCACAACUGGCUGAAGAUACAAGAAGAAGAAGAAGAAGAGGAAGAGGAAGAAGAAGAAGAAACAAAACUAAAUAGGCAAUGUCUAACUCCAGGGCCAGAGGCAUUCAAGUCAGUUCUUAAAACAUUGAGUGCCUGCAUGCACGAGGAAGGCACAGUACUGGUUCACGAAGGGGAUUCCUGAAGGUCUAAGUUACACGGUAAGGGAGUCAACCUUAGCCUGACAUUUCUCUCUCUUCUGCUCUCUUUCUAAAAUGGUGACAAAUGAAUUUAAAUCCAAGUCUCCUUUGAAAAAACAGCUAAACAUUCCCUGGCAUCCCUCAUAUUGCAUAUAUGACCCAAGGUCAUUUCUGACAACUACCAAGAUGAUUGUCAGCCUGCCCGGCAGCUCACUGAGUCCAGACCUCAGCUUCUCCCAGACCUACCCAUUGUCCUGCUUCUUGUCACCAGCAAGCAUAAAGGACACAAGCAGAAAAGCUUAUCAGAGGGAAGCCUCAGGUUACCAGAACUCUUGGUGACUGAGAGAAGGGAUUUGGUUAAUUUAUUUUUCUGGGUAACUAAGGGAUAACCAGAGAAGGCAUUGUUUCAAUCUUUGUGGCUGAAAAAUCUUUCUAAUAUGUGUGUCUCUUUUCCACGUUAGGAAAUAAGAGUACCUGGAGGACAAGUUUGAAGCAUAUGUUUUCAUGGCUUGUUCAUAAGUGACCACUAUCCAGGCCUGGAGAUGGUAAUUGGAAUAUAAGAACUUUAGAAAUAGUGCAGUCCUUUAUUUUGCAAAUGAGGGAACUGAGCUCCAGAGAGGGAAGUGAACUAUCUAAGGUCACAAGGGUCACAGAGCUGGAAAGGCAUAGAACCAGCUUCAAUAUGAGCUUAUAUUUUCUAAAAUUGGGAAGGAAAAUAAUCUUGCUUAAGUUGAAGGUCCUGGCUAGCAUAAAUAGAAGGCAUAAGUUUUCCUGUUCUUCAUCCACUACUUCUGUAAGUACCAGCCAGAACUCUACUGACAAAGUAAAGGAUUGAAGCAAUUUUCUGAAUCAUUUGGACUGAAACCCCAUUGCAUAGCUAUAGCCUUUAAAUAUAUGUGGUGUGGCUGUAAAGCAAUGUGACCAGUUUCCACAAACCACACGAGAAAACUGGGAACACUGUUAUACAUUCAUACUGCGUGCUCUGGAUUUUCCAUGAAUACAGGGGACAGGAAAUCCAGAAAUAACCCCUAAAUUUGUUUGGAAACCAAUUUCUACCUCCACCUUCAAGAAAUCUUUUUCAAAAAGCCACAAAGAAGAAGCAAAACUGACUUAGCCAUUCUGUCACAUUUCUUCUUAUCUUUUCUCUUGUGCAUGUUUACUUCAUCAUCUCCUGGUGCUAAUACCAAGGCAAAUUACAGAAAGGUCAAAAGGAGGGGGAAUUAUAAGGGUAUGGCAAAUGAAAAAUAGUCUACUCAUGAGGUAAAAGACACAAAUGGCAGAAUACUGGCCGUGAUGCUUACACUUCAAGAAAAAGGAUUUAUUGACUUCUUCGACUAAUUUUUCCCAAUAGCCUUGCUACUCAAGGUGUUGCCCAAGGACCAGCAGCAAGGCAUCACCUGAGAUCUUGUUACAAAUGCAGAAUCUCAAGCCCCCAUGACAUAUCUCAAGUUAAACAAGAUCCCCAAGUGAUUUGUGUGAACUUUAAAUUUUGUGAGGCAUUGAUGUAGAGUAUGUUGAGAAUAACUCUGGAUUAGGACUUAGAAAACCAGGUUUCUCUUCCUGCUUCUGCAACUUACUCAUUUAAUAAAUUUAUCCAAAUCACUUCCCCUUUAUGAGCUUGUUUUCUCAUGGGUAUAAUGAGAGAAUUGAACUACAAGACCUCCAAGGGUCUUUAUGCCCCAAAAUUCUAGGAUCUAAUUAACAGUGGACACCUGACAUUGGAUGCUUCCUUGGAAACACCUCGACUUCCUUCAGAUUAGCAAAGUUUAUGACUGAAAACUCAGCUGGUAAGGCAUUGGCUUCCCUGACCAUCUCCAACCCCUCCAUUCAGUUUGCCGCAAUCUCACUGGCCUUCAAAAAUUCUGAGCUGGGAUGGUCAUGGUUAUUACUAUCUCUUAGUUUUUCAGAAUGAGUCUACAUGAAGCAACAAGAGAAGGCAGCUGUGCUGAUGGUGGGAAGGAACCAAUAUCCAUGGCUGUCCCCCUGGAGCUGGAGGAGACAGAGGUCUCUGAGGUUCCACCAAAAUAUGGAACUUGAUUUUGGACAUUUUGACGAAAGAGAUAAGACAUCCAGGAACAUGCGAGGCUCACGGAUGAAUGGGCUGCCUAGCCCCACUCACAGCGCCCACUGUAGCUUCUACCGAACCAGAACCUUGCAGGCACUGAGCAACGAGAAGAAAGCAAAGAAGGUACGUUUCUACCGCAAUGGGGACCGCUACUUCAAGGGGAUUGUGUACGCUGUGUCCUCUGACCGUUUUCGCAGCUUUGACGCCUUGCUGGCUGACCUGACUCGAUCUCUGUCUGACAACAUCAACCUGCCUCAGGGAGUGCGUUACAUUUACACCAUUGAUGGAUCCAGGAAAAUCGGAAGCAUGGAUGAACUGGAGGAAGGGGAAAGCUAUGUUUGUUCCUCAGACAACUUCUUUAAAAAGGUGGAAUACACCAAGAAUGUCAAUCCUAACUGGUCUGUCAAUGUGAAGACAUCUGCCAAUAUGAAAGCCCCCCAGUCCCUGGCUAGCAGCAACAGUGCCCAGGCCAGGGAAAACAAGGACUUUGUGCGCCCCAAGCUGGUAACCAUCAUCCGCAGUGGGGUGAAGCCUCGGAAAGCUGUGCGUGUGCUUCUGAACAAGAAGACAGCCCACUCUUUUGAGCAAGUCCUCACUGACAUCACUGAAGCCAUCAAACUAGAGACCGGGGUUGUCAAAAAACUCUACACUCUGGAUGGAAAACAGGUAACCUGUCUCCAUGAUUUCUUUGGUGAUGACGAUGUGUUUAUUGCCUGUGGUCCUGAAAAAUUUCGCUAUGCACAGGAUGACUUUUCUCUGGAUGAAAAUGAAUGCCGAGUCAUGAAGGGAAACCCAUCAGCCACAGCUGGCCCAAAGGCAUCCCCAACACCUCAGAAGAGUUCAGCCAAGAGCCCUGGCCCCAUGCGCCGGAGCAAGUCUCCUGCUGACUCAGGUAACGACCAAGACGCAAAUGGAACCUCAAGCAGCCAGCUCUCUACCCCCAAGUCUAAGCAGUCUCCCAUCUCUACGCCCACCAGUCCUGGCAGCCUCCGGAAGCACAAGGACCUGUACCUGCCUCUGUCCUUGGAUGACUCGGACUCACUUGGUGAUUCCAUGUGAAGGAGGAGAGAGCGUUCAGAGUCCAGAGUACAAAUCCAAGCUUACCGUUACAAUAGGGUACUUCUGCUCAAGUGUCCAACAGGGCUAUUGGUGCUUUCAAGUUUUUAUUUUUUCUUAUUGUUAUUUUUAAAAACACACUGUAAUAUGUUGGGUUUAUUUUCCUGUGAUUUCUCCUCUGGGCCACUGAUCCACAGUUAUCAAUUAUAAGAGAUAGAUUGAUAACCAUCCAUUGGGGUAACUUUCCAGGAAUGCAAAAUGUGCUAGUCCAUGACGUUUCUAUUGAAUAUUUAGGCACCUGCGUUAUUUUUCCCGUCUCACUUUGCUCAUACACGACAGUCUUCCUUCUGUAGAGGGUUGUUUACAUACAUAACACUUAAAAUGUGUGUGGGGGGGGAAACUCAUUGGCAAAUCCAAGAGUGACAAACACAAGUGCCCCUUGUCUCCCGAUCUCAAGAAUGCUGGAGGCUCCUGGGAGGACAGCAAGGCAGCUCCCCAGCCUCGCUCUUCACUCCUGAUUGAGCCCCUAGUUUGUUGUCUAGCACCAGUUCUGGCUGCCAAGGGGGAGAAACACCAGCAACUUGUAAUUCUGACACCAGAUGCUUAGGACCCCAGUGUGAGGGCUAGCUAAAAGAGAAUUGGCAGAAUGGGGAGACACUGGGGACAUUUCAGCAGAGUUUUAUAAAGUACAGUGAAUUCCUUGUCAACCUCUCCACUGGGACAAUUUGGAAUCAAUAAGCAAUUAAUAAGAGUUGGGGGUGAGGGACUUCAUAUACCUGAUUCCACUAGGAGGCUGUCUAACAUAGCAAGUUAUUACACAAACUGUAUGGUAUCCAUCUAUCUCUGUUCUAUUGAAUGCCUUGUAAACAGCCAACACUGAAAACACUGUGAAAUUUGUUUUCAGGUCUGACACCUUUCGGUCGCUUUUUAUAGCAAGAAGCCAAUAUCCUUUUUAUAAAACAUUGUGUCUGUAUUUCAGGAGCAAACUCUUCAGGCUCCUUUUUUAUAAACUGGUGAUUUUCUUUUGUCUAAAAAACACACGCAGAAAAUUUACCAAAAAAAAAAUGCAGAAGAAUAACGUAGUUUAGAAAUCAUGCUGUCACUGCCAAACAGAAACCUCCAGGAGAAAACAAAAUGAAUAGCAGAGGCCAAUUCAAUAGAAUCAGUCUUUUGAUAACUUUUUAACCGUUAUACUUACAUUAAUAAUUUCAAUGUGGACCAGACAUUCUAGUUAUAUUUUAAAUGAAAUGUUAUGGCAUAUUUUAAGCAACUCUUUUUUAUCUAGAUUCCUGGUAUUUCAUACUAAAGACAGAAACCUUUCACUUGUCUUUAACACUAGAAAGGAUUUCUCUUUGCUAAGGACUGAUCAUUUGAAGUAAUUCUCAGUCUUUGAGGUACAGGUUCAUAACGCUGCUUUUUGUUUGUAAUCACAGCCCAUAAUGGCAAAGACAAGGAACUUUAAGUGAAAGCCAUGCAUGCCAAUUCUGUGUUUGCUUUUAGCAGAUAUGAAGAUGUCCUUAUUUCUUUGUAAUUGUUCAGAUAGUUUGAAAGGUGCAGCAUUCAAAGCCAAACUGCUGCUUGGCUAGUGAAUGACUUGCAGUUGUUUAUCCACUUUAACUGGAAUAAGCUUGCUGUGUGUGUGUGUGUGUAUGUGUGUGUGCAUGCGCGCGCGUGUGUGCAGCUGCUUCAUAAUUAGGAGAUACUACAGGAUACUCCGACAUGGAUCAGUGGCAACUGCUGAUGUGCACUGUGUAGGAGGGAACUCAGUGGUGGAAGGAGUAGCUCAAAUGCCCCCAGACAAGCUUCAGAUGUCCUUAGCUACAAAAAACAUUUUUGGUUCGAGAAAAGUCCACAUGAUGAUAGUACUGAUUCCUGCUUAAAUUGGUCAUUGAAGAACCCAAAAUUAUGAGAAUCUCUUUUUGCCCCUCUCCUUUAUUUGUAGGCCUGUUAGAAACCAUUAAGAAGCCCAUUUUACUUACCCCCUACCUCUUUCUAGAAGCUAAGGUUUUCUUAGUGCCUCUCAGAAUAAUUUGUAGUUAAUUGAGAAAAAUUGUUACUUGGAAUGGAGAGGGAGUGUAGAGAGUGGUAGGAGGUCUGUUUCUAAACUUCAAGCCAGAUGGCCAAAGAUUCCACCCACAGUCUUUCUCCAGAUCUCAUUUCGUCCAAUUCCUUCAAUUAAAGAUGAAACAGAGGCUGAGGCAGCCCAAUGACCUGCUGGUAAAGAGCAUGGCCAGAGGAGGAAUUCAGAUUUCCCUAUGUCCAGGCCCUAUGUUACCUCUCUGAGCCUUUCCUUGCUUGUGAAUAUGCACCAUUAGAAAAUAUGAAAUGGACAUAUUUUCUUUAGAAUGAUCUUUGAACCAACAAUCUUCUAGAAUAAUAAUAGAUUUUCCAUCUUUCUUUUAAUCAAUUAUAAGGAAAUAUUUCUGUACUGCCAUUUCAGGGGGCCUUGGUAUAGUUCAAAAUUCAAGCCUUCAAUAAUUGCAUUUUAAAUUAGCCUAUUUUCAAGGCAAAAAAAACCAGUUGUAACUGAGCACCUUCACCCCUGUCUUUCAUUCCCAAUUUUACCAGAUCCAGUUUUACCACUAAAGUCCCGUUGUAUUACCUUCUGCACAGUCAGCAAAUAUCAAGUAUUCAGUAAGUAUUUACCUCCACUACCCCCUUUCUCCCUCCUUCUUUCACACACACACACAAACACACACAUAAUCCAUCUGUUGCUUGUUCCUACCUCCUUAUUUUUCUCCCUUACAGAAAUAGAAAUAGGGACAAAGAAGGGGAAAAUGUAUAUAUGGGGGCUGGGCUGAACAACUUCAUAAGUAGUGUUAACUAGGAGUAAAUUGAGAGAAAAGUUCCUUUUCUCUUCACUGUUUUGGAAAGGAUAGCCAUUAGCAUGACUGCUUUGUGUCCUUACAGACUUUAGUAUUAGCCUAGAUUGAAUCAUAGAGUUUUCUAGCUGGAAGGAACCUUAAGAUCACAUCAUGUACUUCAAAUUCCUCAUUUUCAGGCCAGGAACGGAGACGCAGAGGUAAAGUAAUUUCCCCAAGGUCACACAGCUGGCUAGGGGCAGGGCUGGGAUUAGAACCCACAUCUCCUGGCUCUUAUUCCAGGGCCUUUUCCCACUGAACUGUAUUGCCUUCCACUAGGCUCCUGAGAAUUCUUUCCCAGGGUCAUGUUGCAUCUUGGAGCCAUAUGCUGCUGCCCUGAUCUCAGUGGGAAAUCCUCCAAGCAACCUAAUACGGCUCUUUCUCCCUGUAUUCAUAUGGUUCCCAUCCACAUGGACUGCAGAUGUCUCCAAAGAGCAGGAGGCAUCGAGGACCAACGGGAACAAUGAGGGCCCUUGCCUUGUCCAUCCAACACAAGGAAUCACUGCCCCUCCUUGAGGAGCCCUCCGAACAGCCCCCCGAGCUUCUGUCCUGUCCAAAGCGAAUGGAGGAAGACUGGUUUUCCUUGGCAGCUCAACUCAUCUCACCUCAUACUGGUUGGUCUUCACGAGCUGAGGGAAAUGUUUCUUGUUCCUAGAGCAGGGAAAGGAAGGAAGGAAGAGCGGAACAAUAGCUUUGUUCAUCCAGACUUUCUGAGGUGGCUUUGCAGUAUUUUUAAGUGACUGUGGCUGUGAUUCAUUGGCAAUAAGUUCUUUUAAAAUAUGAGAGUGAGAUUAGCUAGAGAAAAUAACCUGGCCUUGCUGCAGUAGCCCUCAUCCACAAUGUCCCCAUAGCCGUCCUGCCCUGAUGGGGGGCAAUUUCCAGGUAUAAGCAAGGGGUUUGUGACUAAUAUGUACCCUGGCUGAUGUUAAACAUUGGCUCCUUGUAUUUGCACUAAAAUAGCAAGGUAUGUGCUUUACACACCCUACUCAUCUUUUUGUGUACACUGCUCCUGUGGCCUUCCAUAGCAGAAACCAGGGCAACAAGAUCUGAACACAUAGUUUUCCUUGCAGCAAGGCUCUUCCUGGAAACUAAGGGGUAUUCAUUAGUUCGGUUCCAAGAGACCUCCUUCUCAGUUUACCCCACUCCUAAGGAAAUUCUCUCUUUUGUGCUUCUUCCCAAUCAUAAUUAACCAAGGAACUUUAAAAUGGACCUGUAAUUAUCUGAAGAAGGCAAGAAGGGGUCUGAGCCCCUAAAUCCUUCUUUAAAGCACCCAGCCCCAGUCGUAGACCAGCAAUCCAGUGCUUGCCUUAGACAAAAUUGUCUACUUCCAUGCUCCCUUCAAUACUCUGGAUGGACAUGCCCCCAAUCCCCCUCAGAUUUGGUUCUAAAUAGCUUUUCUUUUCUUAAAGAACACAUCUCCCCUGGACAGGGGAACAAGCAUGCCCGUGUUCUCAAAAUGAGCUCCAGCAUGCUGAUGGGGAUGUUCCUAAAGAUCAGCCCACCUUAGAAACAUCUAUGCCAAGAGACGUUUCCAGACAGAUGCAGUGGGGCAGUGGGCUUUGAAUGACCUGUUUCACUGUCCAGGUUGCUAUGGAAAUAAAAGGCAAUGGAGAUUUCUUUCUUUAAAAAAAGCCAUUGGAAGCUGUCCUUGGCCACAUGGGGCCACUUGGAUCUCCAAGGCUAGACCUCACUCACAUAUUGCCCUCAUUGCAUUAAGGGAUUUGGCUCUUAGGCCUAGGCUGGUUUCCUAAGUAAACCAUCAGUGUUUUGAAACUCAUCUGGAAUGGGUGAGGGGUUAAAGUCCUAUGUUUUGGGACCAGGAACCUAGAGAGAAUGAAAGCCCAGCCAUUGAUAUGCCAGAAGUGACCUGAGGCCUCCUGUAUAGCAAUGGAGCCUUGCUGGGCUCCCUGAGUCUCUCUCCUGGUAUAGAACUUCGAACCUAUCACACUUCAACCUCUGCUUGAAGAAGGAGAACCCAUAUUAGCCUUGUCCACUGUUCUAUGAUUUCAUGCAGGAUUUCCUCUUCCUUACAGGUGUGACCACCUGGAGCAAGGACACUGCACUGAUUCCUCAUGCCUACCUUUUGGCUGGAGCGGCAUCUGGAGAGGAGGUUCUCUGGCUAUUGCUGGCCAAGACCCACUCUAGUGCUGUUAACAGUCAGUGGAUUGCCCUUAGCCCUAAAGGUUGUGAUUAUUGACCAAGACAACACAAGUCAUUUUUUAAAAAUGAAUUCCUAAUUUUGUUCUUCUUCUGGCUAGCAUACCUCACUUUCCUAGAGGGUAAAAGGCUAGAGAUUUUUUCACACCACAGCCAAGACAUGUGUGCAAGGAGGAAAAUGCAUUUCUAAACCCACAGAGCACUGACUCCAGUGGGCAGCCUACUAUGGGCUGGGAGUGUUAGCAGUUUCUCCAAACCCCUUCCACUUUUUCUUUUCAGAGACUAAAAGGCUCCCUCUCCAUCAGCCUGUCUUUCAGUAUACCUAGCUAGAGAAUUUUGCCCCUCCUCUCUUCAGGAAAAGGUGACUUCUUCCUCUGUCUCCCCUACGCUGCUCCCCAGAGCUUGUCUCCACCUCCAAAGAUCUAGUGUGGUCUUUACACCCAGCCUCUUGCUAUUGGUGUCACUUUCUGCUUGUUUCCCAUUAAGGAUUCAUGCAGCCCUCCUACUUUGGCCUAGGUAGCAUGACUCUUGAACUCUCCUUCCAACUGCCUAACUUUUUAUCUCUUAGUUUAUGGGCUUCAACAUUUUCUGGAAUCAGAGGCAAUCUUAUCUUACCUUGGAUGCCUGGGGCUAGGAGAAUAUAGAAUUCCCAUUUGGAAUUAAGGCAUCUUCCUGCACCUUAUUAGAAGGACAGACUAGUUGGGAGAGGUCAGAUGGCAAAACAGAGGUCAGAGAAAACACCUUGUAAACUAAGGGAAAAGUGGGAGGCAUUGGAACUUUUCGUUUCUGAGUUAACAACCUGAGGAAAUCAAUGGCUUUUUGCCUCUGUCUCUCUCCCCUGUGUAUCUCUGUCUUCUUUCUCUCUCUAGUUCACUAUAUUUGCUCUUGGUUUUGUACUCUAUGUUAUCAUGCUCUUUCCACAGCACAAAUGUCCAUCCUUUGUCCUCUGAAAUUCUUCUCUCUCUCUUUCGUUGUCUCCCUCUUUCUUUUUCCUUCCUCCUUGUCGAGGCAUUGGGCAUACGCCUCUUCUCAGCCCUGUGAUUUUGUCUUGGUGAUGAGAAGUUAUUUCCAGACUCAACCAGCCCUGAUCCUACCCCAGUCCACUCAGAAGUAUAUUGAUGGGAAUCAAUCUGAUCCUGGCCCUCUCUUCUCCAUUUUCAGUUGUAAUUCCUCAAAGCAGAUCCUAACAAGCAGUUUCCUUAUAGCUCGUGUAUCUUUGGGUCUUUGCCUUCCAAGUACUGUACAGAAUACUUUGUGGUUCCUUUUUAGUCUGCCAUUUUGUGGAGCAGUGAAGUGUGCUCAGAAAAAUAAUCAGCUGAACAGAAAAAUCCACCCAUGGAUUCCUAUCAGCUAAAUACUAUUAAUUGAUUUUUUAAAAAUUUGCUCAUAGUUUCAAAAGCUGCAAUAUAAUAUAAUGAGAGACCACAGGUAAUUUCUCCCAUCAUUUGGUUUGGCUGGGUAGGGGUGUUGGGUGGGGGUAGCAAUUUGCUUAAAGUUUUACCUUUACACAUUAAGCUGUCUGUAAUAACCUUCUGUUUUGGGCUUGCCAACUGUUGAACUGUUUUAGCUAAACUGAUAGGCAAUUGAGGUUGAUUUAAAUGAAGAGGGUAUUUAACAAAUCCCUACUAUAAAAAGAAACAUUUACUUAAUCGAAAUGUAUUUUUCCUUCUGUUACUAAUUUACCUAAACGUUUACUAUUAACACCAACUGUUCAUGAUCCUGUGCAGGCAGUCUGUAUCAGAGUAAUUAAUGAAGCUAAAGAAGCCAGCUUGCAGGUGCUAAUUUAUUCAACAGAGUGCCCAACCCUUGGGAAUGUCACCGCUUGGCAAUACCAUAUGGAAUGCCCUUUCCAAUGCCAUUUCUUUAUAAGUUUUCUUACAGAGAUUUGAGCAAGUAAGAAAUUAUACCAAAAUGUCUCCAAUGUAUGGUCCUGUAAUAUAUUGCAGCUUGAAGCCAAUGAUCCCUUAUAACUUGUACACAACUAAUGCAUGUUUUGAUUGAAUUUUGCAUUUCUCAUGUGUGGUGAGUUCUUUAAAACAUUUUCGGUCACCUUUUUGUGCCAUUAAACUUGUACAGAAAACGCUUUUAUGGCCAUUUUCAAAGGGAGAAAGUUUGAAAUGGAAACAGCCCACCCUUUCUGCCCUAUAGCUGUAGUUAGAACUCAGUAACUGUAGCAAAACAGCUGUAAUUGGUGGUUGUAGUGUUAGAGGCGUUAGCUUGCUAGUGACUAGCUUUGGAGAGUAAAUGCAUGGUAUUGUACAUCGCAUUUCUUAAAUAACUCAUUUUAACCUCUGAAAAGAAUAUAUUCUUCCUUGUGGUCCCUCUUCCCUCCCUUGCCCUCUCUCUCCCCCUGCUCCCAGGUGUCUUACAGUUGUAAAUAACUGAUUUGGAGGCCAAUAAUUUUUGCCAAGCAAGGUCAGCAAAAAACAAACCACCAAAAGGGAGAAAAUGUCGUCUCUCGGCAGUUAUUGACUAUUUUGCAAGAAAUGGCAUUGUGAUCAAAGACUCACAUCCCCUUUGCAUAAAAAUCAGUGGCAAAUUGGGAGUGUCUUUGACCAUUUGAUUACAUUGCAGGAUUGGCUAGUUCUCAGAAUCACAUAUAAUCGAAAGACAGUGGACAAUGGCGGUCCCUACCCCUGCAGCAAUUUUGAGGGAUUUGGGGACCUCAUAAGGCUCUGCUUGAUCAAUGACCAAUGAUUAUUUUUCAAAAAGAAAAAAAAACAGAGAACGACAACAGAUAUUCAGGGAUGUUUAGCUUCCCCUGUAGAAUAGUCAUAGCCAGAAAAGGCGAGGAUAUGGGUUUAUAUGCUUUGCUGUCGGUUUCCCAGGCAAUGCCUAACCCACUCUUAGACUGUGAUUCAAAAGCAGUGUUCCAAGAAGGCAUUCUCCUUUUUGGUUUGCUGUUCCCACUUGGACUGGUAGGUUUGGUGAGGCCCAUGUAAACCAGCGGGAGCAGACCCUUUUCAUCUCCUGUGCCUGUUAAUAUCCCUCUUCCUCCCUCCACAAUUUGAUGAGGGCUUUCUUUGGUCAGAGGACUUCAAAGUCUAGAGAAGUUCCCCAUGUGUGUAAUGUGUCGUGAACUGUGAGCGCUGCAGAUUCACAGCAUUCAAUACUGGGCAGCCAAAGAGCUGCUCUUGCAAUCAUUUUGGCUCUCAAGCUCUGUUCUUCAUCUCAUUCUCAUUUCUGUGUACAUUUGCAAGAUGUGUGUAAUGUCAUUUUCCAAAAAUAAAACUUGAUUUCAAUA